AUGCUCGUUUUCCUUAACUGUUUUGCAUGUGGAGCAUUUUUGGGUUUAGGUUUGUUGCAUUUGCUGCCUGAAGCAGUGGAGCAGCUGGAGACAGCUGGGGUGUCUGUGCAGCUGCAGCAGCAGCAGCAGCAGCAGCAGGGCCACGAGCACCACUACAAUGCUGCUUAUGUUCUUGCUGCAGCAGGACUCACUUUCAUGCUCUUUGUUGAGCAGCUGUGGGGGCAGUCACACUCACAUGGCCACCACGACAGCGAGUCUUGUUCAGACUCGAGUUCUGCUGCAGCAGCAGCAGCAGCAGCACCAACUAAACGCUCAGCUGCCCAUACAGCAGCAAACGAGCAAGAUAUAAGUUCUCAGCAGCGUGCUGCUGCUGCUGCUGCUGUUGCUGCUGCUGCUGCUGCAGCAGCAGCAGCAGCAGCAGCAGCAGGGGCAGGGGCAGGUGCAGGAGUCGCCAGGAAUGAGAAAGGAGAUAUCACGCAGCAGGGGCAGGGGCAGGUGCAGGAGUCGCCAGGAAUGAGAAAGGAGAUAUCACGCAGCCAACUAAACGCUCAGCUGUUACUCCAGCAGCAACAGCUAGCCGCCGCAGCAGCAGCAGCAGCAUCAGCAGCAGCGGGAGACUGUCUCCUUGUGAUUCUGGUUGUGGCGGUGCAGCAGCAGGAGCAGCAGCAGCUGCUGCAGCAGGACAGCGGGGCUGCAGCAGCAGCAGCUGCUGCAGCAGCAAAGGCAAUGCAUGCGAGGGGGGGGGCCGGCUCUGCUGCUCCCUCUCCCACUCCCCCACCUCUCAGCUGCGUGUACACUGCGGGCUUACAGGCCACAACUGCCAGGUUUGCUGCUGCUGCUGCUGCUGCUGCUGGUGAUGUUGCUGCUGGUGGUGGUGGUGGUGGUGGUGGUGCUGGUGCUGCUGCUGCUGCUGCUGCUGCUGCUGCUGCUGGUGAUGCUGCUGGUGAUGGUGAUGGUGGUGGUGGUGAUGCUGCUGGUGGUGAUGGUGGUGGUGGUGGUGUUUUGGCUGCUGCUGCUGUUGGUGUUGCUGCUGUUGCUGCUGCUGCUGUGGUUAGUGUUGCUGCUGCUGCUGUGGUUAGUGUUGCUGCUGCUGCUGCUGCUGCUGCUGCUGACGGCGUCUGUGUUGCUGCUACUGCGGAUGUGCUGCUGCUUCUGUUGCUGCUCCUAAAGCAAAUGCUGGUGCAGCAGCUCGCGAUUUGA